AUGAGGAGGCCUCCACGCCCCGCGUGGGGAGGAUACGACAGAAACCNAGAGGACAGCGGAUAUGCAAUCGACCCAAGCGCGCCGACUGAUGAUGAGGAUGGCUUUGAGUUUGAUAUGGGCGCAUCGUACAAACCGAUAUAUGCUGCGAACUCGCACAAAGCUGGUCACAAUACCCGGGGAGCAGCUCGGCGGCUACGACAACAACAACAGGCGCCGGCAUCACCGGUCACGCCGUCGCUCCGGACGAAUUUGCUCGGGCCGCAACAGCGGCAGCGGCAACAGCAGCAGCAGCAGCAACCAUCUCCGCCGGAGCGCUUGGAUCUAGGAAGUGUACCGAACUCGCAUGGCGCUGGUCACAACACCCGCGGUGUAGGUGGGCAACAGCGGCAACAACAGGGGACCCCGGAGCUACCGGUCACGGACCGGUUCCCUACGACCUCGCGUGAGGCGCAACAGCAGCAGCAGCAGCAGCAGCAGCAGCAGCAGCAGCAGCAGCAGCAGCAACCAUCCCCACCGGAUUCUUCUCCGGUGAAUCCGGCUGUACGUGUCGCGUUCAUUAGCCGUGGCGCACGACGUGGCGAAAAGUGCGGCAACAAGGUUGGAGGUAGGACGGCAGGAUUUUGCAAGCAUCAUGACGGCCUCCAGAAGGGCCGAAAGACGGCGUCAGGUGCAGCUCUUGGAGUGGGGGGCAGCGUCGAGGCAGGCAACUAUGACUCGGAGUCGGGGUUGGGUGGUGGUAUGGACGGAUUGCAGACUCCUGGCGCGCGUCCUUUCAUAGCGAAGUCCAAGGAACUGCACUACGCGCCGGCCUCCAAGAUCGAGGACGAGGGCUCCCGGAGAGCGCAGGAGAGUGUGUGGCACCUCAAGCGGAUCAAGCUCCCACAACCAAAGGCUGGUGAACCAUCCCCCCCUCCCAUCCCGGAUGAUCCGAAAGGGUGGGUGUUCGAGGGACUACCCCGUGACGAGUCAUCCGGCCCGUACAAGAGACGGCACAAACACCCCGGCGGCGACAAGUUCAGCCUAUCGGAUCAGCUGAAGGCGAGUCUACCGAAGGUCGACAAACAAGGGCUAGCUGUUUUGCGUUCUUUCGUCAACGGGAAGGGGGGAGAUCUCCCCUUCAUGUUCCUUGAGAAGACUCUGAUGACUGUGCAUGAAGUCAAAUGGAAGCGAGCUGCGGACAACAACGGCGAGAAAGUGUCGAGCAGUCAGCCACUAGCUCGCAAGGAGUACGUGAAGAACAUAGGUGGUUUGGAAGUCGCGGAUCAGCGGCUAGGCGCCCACGCCCACACGCACAGGCCUAUGACGUUCUUCUGGCGGAGUGUCUUCGACCAAAAGUUCUCGUAAGCUGUCAGCAACGCGUGGCUCCUGUUUUACGAAUGGACUGGGGUGCUAGCCACGCGGUGUACGGCGGCGUUGGAGGCAGCGACCCAAGACGGAGGAGUCGGUGACGCCGGGGAGGCCGGGGAGGCCGGGGAGGGAGGAGCAACUGCGGACAGUUGCGUUCUCACGGUGGCAGAGCUUCGCGAGUUUUAAUCCCUCGUCAAGAAGGCCAUGAAGGUGGAGCGUGUUGACUGGGACCGUAGGCUCGCGAAUCCCCUCGGGUCCUUGUGCAGUGUAGGUCACACCGAGACGGGGGCAAGAUGCACGACAAAACCUGUUGAGACGUGCAGCGUGAAGGGCGCAAAGUCAUCCCUUGUAUGUUAUGGGGAGAUUUGCGAGAGACGGCAACGGCCAGCCGGUACACGGGGAAUGGGACUCGGGGUGUAUGCUGGUGUGAUACUUGCACGCAUGGGUUGGGGAAGGACCGGGCGUUGAUCCUGUGCACGAUGUGCCACAAAUACCAGCAGCACAUGUUACCGCUAGGAAACAUGCCGCCGAGAGAAAGUACAAGCCCAUCUCUUGGUCGGAGGUGACAGGUGAGUAAUUUGUUGUUUAUCGAUUGUGAUGCUGAUACGUGCAAAAAUAGUACCGGCAAGUGAUCAUGUCGCCGCCGCCAGAAAACGAUCGGGGUGUGUAUGUGCUCCUAGUUGUGCAUGUCGCAGUCGUGGG